UGCAAACGCCGAGCUGCAAAUGUGCUUCCUGUUCUACAACCGCGCGACUGUUGCCUACUUGCAGGCGGCAUCCUCUCUCCCAACCAAAAUCGAGAGAGUCCACCCCUGCGAGCGCUGACAGUGCGGCGGCGCGAACAACCCUGCGCAUUUCUCUCCCGCAAAACUCAAAGCAAGCGGGCGCAUUUCGCGAGUCCCCCUCUCGCGCCGAAGAAAGUGAGAGAAAGAGCAAACGAAGCAAGCCUGGCGAAGACGGCGGCCUUUGGUGUUGGUGCAGGUGCAGAGCGCGCUUCAUAGUGAAAUUUUUCUCCAGCCGAGGCAGAAGCAAAACGCUGCGACGCUCGCUCGACUUCUGCUGUCAAAAAGGGAGGAAGACAUAGUGUGUGAGGGGGAUUUUUGGGUGUUGAAAAUUCGGCAGUUUGCAGUGUCCGUAGUGGUGUGAAAAGUGGUUCCGGAAGGCGCCCAGCGGCCAGUGCAGCCCGUGUGCCGUAAAGUUCAGAUACUACCCUAAUUCACCAUGUCCUCGAAACGCAAAUCACCCCCGAACAAGCUCUCCAACGCCGGUUCUCCAGCGUCCCCACCGCAGCACGAGAAGAACAACUUCAAGAAGAUCUCGCUCAAGAACGAGGACCUGAUCCGCUCCUCGCCGGUGAAGGAACUGAACUGCGCGUUCGACGCCAGCUUCCUGUCGAUGCAGAAGAUGCAGUCCCAGCUGGAGCCCAAGUUCGUCAAGAACGAAAUGCACAACAGCGGGGACUACAUCAUGGGCGGAAGUCCGCACCACCACCAGCAGCAGCUGCAUCACCACCAGAUGUCCGGAGGUCACCUGUUUGGGGGAAUGCCCGGCGGAGCAGCCGGAGGUCAUCCGCUGAUGAUGGACGGAGACUUCCACCAGUUUAAUCUGCCCUUUCUGAACGUGGCCAGCUACAUUCUGAAGGGAUCCGAUCCGGCCAUCGGGAAGAACGACAACUACCAGCUCACGAUGAACCUGGACAGCUUGAACAUCUCCAACAACCAGGCGGAAAUGGCCCACCAACAGCAGCAGCAGCAGCAACAGCCGGGACCACCCCGCAAGAUGAACAACUUGAUACUGAACCAUUUAAAGUCCAUUGUGGACAACUUUGACAGCUUGAAUAACAAUGUUAAUGAUAAAAACUCGUACACCCCACCGCCGCCAUCGAUGCCAACUUCAUCACAACAACAACAAACGUCAUCCGCCAUCAACCAUAACAACAACCACAACCACCACCGCGCAACCCCGGACGAACCACCGUCCGGCGGUGACGCUGCGAACAACCACGACGACAAGCAAAACUACGAGGGGUUCCGCUCGCGGCUGGACGAACGCAUCAGCAAUCUGCAGCUGAGCAAGCGCGAGAUCAACCUGAUGCGGCUCAACCUCAGCCUGCUGGACUUUCCGAACGAGAUUCCGCCGAGCCUGCUCAACAACAACUCGGGCCGGAAUUAUGGUGGAGGCGGUUACGACGGCAGUAGGCCACCCGGGGAUGACCUGAACUGCAGCAAUGCCUCGCAAAACAAUGCCAACAUUAAACUGAUUAAAAGAAGCUUCAAGGAAUCGCUGUACGAGAAGGAGAAGAACAUCAACCGGCUCAUCAUGUACUUCACCAUCUGGCGCGAGAUGCUGCUCAAGGCGGAAUUUGUAAGGCUCGGCGGGCUUAAGGGAUCGCGACGACGGACGCGAGAUUCUGAAAGUGGAUUCAACUACUGUGAUACGGCGGCGAACCAAGUGAUACUACCAAACGCCGACAACAAAAAGUACAAAUUCAACAACAAUUCCAAAUCGAACCUGGACGCGGCCGCGUCCACGGUGACCGCUGCUCCCUCCUCGACCGUGGUCAGCACGACGCCUCCGCACGGCCAACAACAACCUCCCCAACAACUGUCCCUGGCCGCAACGAGUUCGCUUCCCCGUCGGAGCGACGCUUCCGGCUCGACCCCACCGACCCCGUCCGGCGGCGAGGAUGACGUACCGCUGGAUGAUAACUGUAUCCAGCGGUACCGGAACGUUUUCCAGGCCAUUUCCGGCAACAGUGGGGGCGAAACGAGGAAGAAGGGUUCGCGGAAGCGACCGCCAGGGUUCAUGGACGAGCUGCUGGACGUGGGCCAGGAGGAGGACAAGAGUUCUCCGGUGGAUUUGCGGUCCGGACCGACGACGCCCACUUCGUACGAGUUGGAGUAUGACGGGGGAGGAGGAGGAGGCGGCAAGAAGGAAGACCAAAGAUACUUGAAGGAUGAGGCACCGAUCAAUUUGAGCAAGAGGAAGAGCGAUUACAGUCCGAUCCGGGAGAUGGGCAACGGUGGGAAGCUGGGACUGUUCCAGCACUGUGAUUUGGACGGGGAUGGGAUGCGGAUGGACGGGGUUGGGUCGCUGGGUAACGAUCGCGAUCUAGCGGAUAAGUAUUUGCUCAAGCCGAAGCGGGAACGGUUGGAUCCGGAACCGGUUGUGGGUGGGUUGUUCGACUACAAGCCGGAUGGCUUGAAGGCCAAGCUCGGGUUGUACCAUCAGUCGCCGAGUCCGCACCACAGUCCGGACGGGAUGGGAGACGGAGGGUACUCGCUUCCGCAGCCGUUCUUCAUCAAGAAUCCGGAUCUUCACGGUGGAAACCCUCCCGGACUUGGAGUUCCCUUCAACAGUAACGCCAUGCUGGACAACAUGAACCGACACCUGAUGCGACAACAGCAGCAGCAGCAACAACUUCAAAACACUGUCCAAGGAAUGCCACCUGGAGCGAGCACCGGAAGUGGAAGCGGAAGCAGCAAGAAGGACAAGUCAAACCACCACCAACAACUAGCAAUGGACCUGAACCCCGGCGAACUCAACACCUCGCGCCGUUCCGGAGCCGAAAAGAACCACAUCAAGCGCCCGAUGAACGCGUUCAUGGUCUGGGCCAAGGACGAACGGCGCAAGAUCCUCAAGGCCUGCCCCGACAUGCACAACUCGAACAUUUCCAAAAUCCUCGGCGCCCGCUGGAAGGCCAUGACGAACCUGGAGAAGCAACCCUACUACGAGGAGCAGGCCAAGCUAUCCAAGCAGCACAUGGAAAAGCACCCCGACUACCGUUACCGACCCCGGCCCAAGCGAACCUGCAUUAUCGACGGCAAGAAGAUGCGCAUCUCCGAGUACAAAUGUCUCAUGAAGAACCGCCGCCAGGAGAUUCGGCAGUUUUGGACGCGAGACUACGACGGGGCCAGCGAUCAGAGCUGUGGCCCGAUGGACAAACCUCCCUCGGGAGCGCCCGGUUCCACCGGUGGAGGAGGUGGCAGUGGAGGCGGCGGCGGGAAGGCCAUCAAGAAUGAGGCCAUGUGAGGGAUGGUGAGUGCGGUGGCCGGAUUGGGCACCGUACCGCCGUCCUUUGAGGAGGAUAACUGUGACCAGCGGCAAAGUCAGCCGUUGUGGAGGCCAUAGAUUGGGGUUUUUUCGCUUUUGUUUUGGGGCUGUGGAAGAUUUCGGGGAGGGACGGGUUUUUUGGAAGGGGGAAGAAUCGAUUGCAGCAAGAUA